CGCUAUCGGUAACUCAAGUUGAACUUCCAGAUGGCACAUGGUGAUGACGUUCUAUAAUUUUUCUAAUCGAGGAACGAAAAUUUCCAGUCUCAAAUACCGUUAGGAUUUGGGGGUUGCUUGGUGUCGUUGUCGAAUCAUGCCUUUCGUGUUGUGAUGAAGUAUCGGCGCACAAACGAAGUAAUAGGUAUUCCAUAUUUUAAUUAAUACUGCAGGCAGCCAAAUUUCCACGAUGAUGAACAAUAUGAUGUUGGCGCAGCUCAUGAAGGAUCUUCAGGUAGGUUAGUCUUGUAGGAACGCACGACAUAGCAAACGGCGGCUAGAUACGGAACUUUGUCGCAAGAUAUUUCGAGGCCAAAGGAUAUGAUGAGCUUUUGACUGGUGAUGAUCGAAUGGCAGCCUGAUUCCAAAACGCCAAUUCCGGUGAACGAUUCCAUCGGGCUUUGGCAACAUAAGCUACGAACUGGAUGUAACAUUUUGGUGGAGGAAAAAUACUGCGAGAAAAAAAUGAAAUGAAACCAAGCGUGUUGGGUCCACAAAUUGUUUUCUUCAUGCGGUGUAUCAGGCACAGCGAUCGAGAUUCGCCAGAGGUUCUUGGACAGAUUACAUACGCCUACUAUCAAAGUUUUGCUCCAUAAAAGUAAUCGUGCAAUCUACCUGAUCUGUUGUUUUCUUACCCGAAGUCUUCUGUUUCUUUUUUCUAAAUGGUCGGAACGGCGAUUGGUUUGUGUCGAUUAUUAUAAACGCGAUGGCUGGUMGCAUUUGUAGGAUCCCGAGAUCAUGGCUGAAGCCCAAAAAAUGAUGGCCGAUCCUAAAUUUCAAGAACACAUGAAAAAAGUUACCGAAUCGCAAGGUUUCAAAACCCACAUGACGGCCCAGAAAGAAGCCAUGAGUGAUCCCAAGAAGAUGAAAGAAAUGGAAGAGCAAAUGAAAAAACGAUUGCAACAAGGAAAUGCCCAAUUGGAGCAAGCCAAGGCUCUACGGGAAAAGGCCGCAGCUCAAAAGGGCGAUGACGACAAAGCUGAAGACGACAAGAAGGAGGAAGCAACAGCUGAUGAUGACAAAAAGGAGGAGAAGACAGAGAAAGAAGACAUGCCCGAUAUCCCCAACCUUUCCCUAAACUAAAAAUUUCUGAAUACGGCAUUUGCCGGAUUUCAAUGAAGAGAAGAGUAUUGGUGUGAUGCAAAACAAGAAGCAGCUCGUGUGAGCGCGACUUUGUCUUCGACGAGCCGUCUGUUUUCUGUGAAAACGCAAUUUAUGAAAAAUCGAUACGAAACCGUUAACCAGGAAAAACAGAGAUCGAUUGAUAAAUUCGCAGCAUCCAUUGCAUCUGUUUAUUGCGGGAAAACAGUCUUUCGGAAAAGAGAUACUCUAGUUUCUGCCCCUGCUAUAGGAGCAGAUUCUGUGACAUUAAAGAAGUCUUUAACCU